CCUGCAACAGGGGACCACUGAGUACACACAGUGGAAACAUCUCUGCCCGACACUCCAGAAAAAAACACCCAGCAAGCAUUUUCAAUCCUCUCAGGGACGCCAUGCUUCCAGCAUGAUGUCAGCUACAGUUGCAACUCAGAAGUUCUCUUUCCCCUUCUCCUGUGCGGGUUCUGCACGCCUCUCUCAGCCAGACGAGGGGAUCCAGAAGGGAUGCGUGCAGGUGAAGGCCCUGGAGCUUCAUGACCUGCAGGAAAAACCAAUCUUGAGCGAAGCGAGCCCUGCUGCUGUUGUAGGAGCUCUGGUACAGAAUAAGAACCAUGCCCAGGAGAGUCCAAAGCCUCCUCCUGCGGGGUACAAGGCAGCUGCCCGGGUCCAGCAGGUCAGGUCUGAUCAUGCUGUGGUCCCCAGGCAGAGUGUGUUUGAGAAACUGACCGUUGAAAGUGAAGAUCAGCGUCCCGCGGCAAAGAGACAGCUGUCGUCUGAGAGCGCAGCCAGGACCAUCACCGUGGUGAAGAAGAGUGCAGUAAGGAAGGACGCGGAGGAACACAGGGACCUGAGACCCAGAGCACACCUAGGGAAGAGCGCGUCGCCGUACCCUGUGGCGCUAGGGAAGAGGAGGCGUCGAAAGGACCUCUUUACCAACACUGAGGUCUUCCACAGGGUCGAUUCCCAUGUCAUCAGGACAGGAACAGAGCUGAAGGAGAAGUGUGUGUAUGAUGUGAAGACGAUAGUCCAGAGCAUCAUCCAAGGAGCCAGAAAUGAGCUGGAGAGGCUGCGUGCCAUCUGGGUCUGGCUGUGCCACAACAUCGAGUAUGACGUGAGUGGGUACCUUGGCCGCUCACAGAAGCUGAGCUCCCCAGAGGAGGUGAUCGCCGCUGGCCGGGGCGUUUGCUGCGGCUACGCCAGCCUCUGCGCAGAGAUGUGCAGAGAGGUCGGCGUCGAGUGCCAAGAAGUGCCGGGCCACAGUAAAGGCAUCGGGUACCUUCAGGGUCAGAGCCUCAAGCAUGUGAAAUCCGAUCACCUGUGGAACUCUGUGCUUCUGGGAGGACAGUGGUUCCUAUUGGACGCCUGCUGGGGAGCAGGACGAGUAGAUAUGGAACGUGAAAGCUUCGUCAAAAGGUUUGAUGAUUUCUAUUUCCUAACGGACCCAGAGGAGUUCAUAGAUUCACACUUCCCUGAUGAGGAGAAAUGGCAGCUCCUGGACUCGCCCGUCCCCCUGGGGGAGUUUGAGAGGAGGGUCUUCAAGACCUCCGCCUUCUUCACCAUGGGGCUCAGGCUAAUUCAGCCUCAUCAGUUUCACAUGGUCACAGAUGAUGGCGAAGCAAAUGUGUCCCUCAGCUUCUCCAGGCCAACCACUUUUACCUACGAGAUCACACAGCACCAGGACCUCCUCCAUUGUGGCGUUCCGGAGCAGAAAGAGUCCAGCAACUCCUCCUUUGGCCUUCUGACGGUCUCCCAUCGGAGCAUGAAGCUGCAGCUCCUGCCGCCUGCAAGCGGCGUGUACGAUGUGAAGGUGUUUGCCCGGCCUGAAGCAGCCACCACGGCUAUGAUUUGGGUCUGCUCCUUCACGGUGGAGUGUCCGAUCCCCAGGGCCAGGGAGGAGAUCCCAGAGAACCCCUUCUUGUCUUGGGGCCUGCAGCCUGCAGCAGGGUCCCUGGGCAUAACUGGCAGCAGCCAGGGCAGCAAGGCUGCUGAGGUGGAAGACGGUGUCUACGAGUUGGCGCUGAAGACGUCCAGGCCUUUGAUGGUGCUGUGUGAACUGGUCCACCCAGAGCUGGAAGCUGCUGUAGCCAAGCGCUGCCUGGCUUCUCAGAUUCAACCGGAUGCCCUGACCUGCCACGUCCUGUGUCCCUCGCGUGGCUUCUACCGGCUGUCAGUGUUCGUGCGAGACUAUGAGAAAACACAAGUCAAGUUCCAGAAUGCUGCGAACUUCCUGUUGCACUGCAAAGGGAACGUGGUCCGUCCGGACGAGCUCUUCCCUCCCCACCUGGGCACGGCGUGCGGGCCGGGGACCCGCACGUCCGAGGCGGGGCUGUCCAAAUUCAGCCACACGGCGGCGCUGGUGAGCACCCAGCAAGGCAAGUGCAACAUCACCUUCCACAACCAGCGGGACCUUGAGCUUCACACGGUGCUCAGCCGGGAAGAGGACAAAACGGCAGCCGUCCCGCUAUCACGGCACCUUUUCUGCACAUACACAGACAGCAAGGUGACGGUGAGCGUCAGCCUGCCCGAUGCCGGGGUGUAUCGGCUGGGGCUGUAUGCUAAGAUCACCCCUGGUGGAGAUUUCAGCCCAAUGUGUGACUUUGUCCUGAGGAACAGCUGUAAUCAGCCUGGUCUUCCGUUCCCCUGCGUCUACUCAGCCUGGAGGAAAGGCUCUGUGCUCUUCGAGCCCCGCGUGGGCCUGCUGGAGCCCCUCUCGUGGGUCCGCUUCAGGGUGAGGGUCCCCGGGGCCCAGAGAGUGAGCGUGAUGGGAGAGACGCGAACUGAUCUGAAACUGAAUAAGAGCAGAGUCUGGGAGGGGGAGGUUUUCAGCGGAAACGGUCUCCAACAACUGAAACUGGCUGCGACGUCAGGAGAGUCUAGUGACAUGGCUGUUUUGAUGACCUUUGACAUCAAGCAGUUGGAGAAAUAAGUGUGAA